GCGGGAACCGGAAGAUGUGUUCGCACACACAGAAUCCCGGGCCUCCAGAUACUCCGGGCGGGAAGAUGUCAUCAUUGCCAAGGAGAGCAAAAGUAAAGGUCCAGACUGUGGUAUCUAAAGAUGAAUUCUCUUCCCUCUCUGAGCUAUCAUCUGCCUCUGAAGAUGACAAGGAGGAUAGUGCCUGGGAACCCCAAAAGAAAGUCCCCAGAAGCCGCAAGCCACCUGUUUCCAAGGAAUCCAAACCAAAGAGGGCACCGCGGGUGAAGAAGACUCCCCUGCAGAGCAGAGAUGGCGCAGAAGAUGUGGCUGUCAAGGAGGAACUGAAUAGCUCCGUGGCUAUUGCUGAUGUUGACAUGGAGGACAGAAAAAAUAAAUUGGAUACUGUGCAGGCUCUGAAAACAGCACGGAUGAAACGGAAAAAUUCAACUCAGUCACCUUCAGCUAGGAGGACCAAAAAGCUGAAAGCUGAUAAAGACCUCAGCAAAGCCAGCAGCUUAGAGAGUGGGAGUAACAGCACAGAGACACCAUCCACAAGCGCCACGUGGGAAAGCGGGUCCAAAAAGGAGGAGAAGGAAGAUGACGUUACCUGCGGCCAGCCCCCUUUGAAGAAAGUGAAGACAGAAAUGUGUCCUCAGGGGCAGCCUGUCAGGUUUCCGGCAAAUGCCAGCAGCAUUAAGGAGGAGGUGGAAAUGAACUGGGACAUAGUCCAGGUUUUGUCUGAGAGAACUAACAUUGAACUUUGGGUUUGUGCCAAUAUUAUUCGUCUCUUUAAUGAUGAUAACACAAUUCCCUUCAUUAUACGUUACCGAAAAGAGCUUAUUAAUAACCUUGAUGCCGAUUCCUUGAGAGAAGUUCGUCAAACCCUUGAGGAGCUACGGGCUGUUGCAAAGAAGACUCAUAGUACAAUCCAAAAAAUUAAGAAGGAGGGGAAGAUGUCUGAGUGCUUGUUAAAAGCCUUGCUGAACUGUAAAACUUUUGAAGAACUAGAACACGUGUCAGCGCCAUAUAAAACUGGGAGCAAAGGCACCAAAGCCCAGAGAGCAAAGCAGUUGGGAUUAGAAGGAGCAGCCCGGACACUGCUUGAGAAUCCAGGGGAGCUCAACCUGCUCUCUUACAUUAGACCCAAUGUCAAAGGGCUUUCAGCACUUCAGGAUAUUGAAACAGGAGUGCAGCAUAUUUUAGCAGACAUGAUUGCUAAAGACAGAGACACACUUGACUUCAUUCGGAAACUGUGCCAAAAUAGGUAUAUUUGUAUCCAGUCAUCUCUGGCAAAGGUGUCCUCAAAAAAAGUCAAUGAAAAAGAUGUGGAUAAGUUUCAGCUCUACCAAAAUUUUUCAUGCAACAUAAGAAACAUCCAACAUCAUCAGAUUCUGGCAAUUAACCGGGGAGAAAAUUUGAAGAUACUGACAGUCAAGGUUAACAUUUCUGAUGGAGUGAAGAAUGAGUUCUGUAGGUGGUGUAUCCAAAACAGGUGGAGACCACGUGGCUUUGCAAGGCCAGAGUUAAUGAAGAUUUUAUACAGCUCACUGGACGAUUCCUUUAAACGCCUUAUUUAUCCUCUCCUUUGCAGAGAGUUCAGAGCCAAACUAACAUCAGAUGCAGAGAAGGAAUCAGUGAUGAUGUUUGGAAGGAACCUUCGUCAGCUCCUUUUAACAAGCCCAGUCCCAGGGCGCACCUUGAUGGGAGUGGAUCCUGGUUACAAACAUGGUUGCAAAUUAGCUAUAAUUUCUCCUACCAGUCAGAUACUUCAUACUGAUGUGGUUUACCUGCAUUGUGGACAAGGCUUCCGAGAGGCAGAGAAAAUAAAGAGGCUUUUGCUGAAUUUCAAUUGCAGCACUGUGGUGAUUGGAAAUGGAACUGCCUGCCGGGAAACAGAAGCUUACUUUGCUGACCUGAUAAUGAAAAACUACUUUGCACCACUGGAUGUUGUUUACUGUAUCGUCAGUGAAGCGGGAGCGUCAAUCUACAGUGUCAGCCCUGAAGCUAACAAAGAGAUGCCAGGACUGGACCCUAAUUUGAGAAGUGCAGUUUCCAUAGCAAGGCGUGUACAAGAUCCAUUAGCUGAGCUGGUGAAAAUUGAGCCGAAGCACAUUGGAGUUGGAAUGUAUCAGCAUGAUGUAUCUCAGACUCUACUCAAGGCAACACUGGACAGUGUUGUAGAAGAAUGUGUCAGCUUUGUGGGAGUGGAUAUUAACAUCUGCUCAGAGGUUUUGUUAAGGCAUAUCGCUGGACUCAAUGCCAACCGAGCCAAAAAUAUUAUUGAAUGGCGAGAGAAAAACGGACCCUUCAUCAACCGAGAACAGCUGAAGAAAGUGAAAGGGCUGGGUCCAAAAUCUUUCCAACAGUGUGCUGGUUUCAUCAGAGUCAACCAGGAUUAUAUUCGAACAUUUUGCAGUAGUCAGCAAACUGAAUCUGCAGGCGAAAUUCACGGAGUUGCUGUGACAUCUUCAGCAGGUGUUGAGGUCACAAAUGAGAAACCAGGCAAGAAGAAGAGCAAAACCGCAGUGAAUGUUGUACUGAAGCCAAAUCCUCUGGACCAAACGUGUAUUCACCCGGAAUCAUAUGACAUAGCAAUGAGGUUUUUGUCAUUUAUUGGAGGAACACUGAAUGAGAUUGGAAAGCCUGAAAUGCAACAAAAAAUAAAUUCAUUCCUUGAAAAAGAAGGAAUAGAGAAAAUUGCAGAAAGAUUGCAAACAACAGUACACACCUUACAGGUCAUUAUAGAUGGUCUCAGCCAGCCUGAGACCUUUGACUUUCGAACAGAUUUCGACAAACCUGAUUUCAAGAGAAGCAUAGUCUGCUUGGAAGACUUGCAGGUUGGGACCAUUCUCACAGGCAAAGUCGAGAAUGCCACCCUGUUUGGAAUAUUCGUGGAUAUAGGAGUAGGGAGAUCAGGGCUGAUUCCCAUACGAAAUGUAACAGAAGCAAAACUUUCAAAGACGAAGAAGAGAAGGAGUCUUGGGCUGGGCCCUGGAGAAAGAGUGGAAGUCCAAGUACUCAACAUUGACAUUCCCCGAUCUAGGAUUACCCUGGACCUUAUCCGGGUGUUGUGAGUGGGCCCCUGACAGCAAAACGCUGGUUUUAUUCCCUCAUUUCUGCAGGUUGGCAAGAAUAAGUGAGAUGUUUGUGAACUCUAGAGAGCAGAUGCAGAGGAAUUCACUUAGUAUCAGAAGUAUUUUCCAAACACUUUCCCUAUUCUUCCUUCUGAAUAAGUAGAGAGCUAAAGGUUUGAUUUUUCCCCUUAAAAAGAGCAACUAAUAGACAUCUUUAUGUGGCUUUAUGUAGUAAUAAUGAUUUUCUGACCAAAAUUUUAUUUUUUAUAACUCAUCUUUGACUCCUUUUGCAUUUUGUAUAAUAGAUUGUUUCAUUUCUACUUGCCAACAUGCCUUGCUGGACUUAUGGAAUUACCUUCUUGAUUUAAAUUAUACAGUGUUUCUUGACUGGCAGUAUUUAAUCCUCUCUUUUUAUAGAUUUUUUUUUUUUUAAUCAGGCAUUUUGAACUUGAAUCAUGGCUUUCCCUUGCCAAGCAAACCAAAAAUAUACCAAUAAAACAGAUCCUGAUGUGUUCAUAACCAUCAAGUGAAUGGCUCAAAACGUUUCUCAGAAGGAUAUAUGUAUUGAUCCCUACAAUAAAAUUUUGUGGCUAGUGA